GUUUCUAUCUAUCACACCAUUACCACAAAUUGCAGAUGGAGAAAAGGGUGCUGAGAGUUGGCAGGGGACUCUAUUGUCCAAACGAACAAGCAAGCGUGGUGGUGGACUUACUGGGGAAAUGGCAGACAUUAGAUGGAGCUGAGAAUGUCUUUGACAACAGAGGACACCAUUCCAUUAUAAUAGAUGAAGCUGUUGACCCUCUUUCUCAAGCUCUUGAAGAUGCGAUCUGCUCAAUGAAGUUAGAGGAAGAGUGUGACAUCACAUUAACGAUGGAUACGACCCUAGCCACCAGUCCAAUGUUGAGGGAAGCACCACACAACUGUGUACUCUCAUACACCAUACACCUUGUCUCGUUUGUGAGAGCACCAGAGGUGUGGUCACUGUCAGCACAGAACAGACAAACACUAGCAUCACAGCACAAGGCUAUUGGAACAGAACAGUUCAAAAUCAAUAACGUCUAUGGUGCAUCGCUACACUACUCAAAAGCUCUCAAGUAUGUCAUUUCGAUUGAUUCUCACACAACGGAAAGCGAUGCUCUGAAAAAGACACUGUAUCUAAACUUGGCUGCCUGUCAGUUGAAGUUAAAGCAAUAUUCUAAUGUGAUCAAGAAUUGCAAUUGUGUUCUGGAGAGUGGUGUGGAUGAUGUAAAGGCUUUGUACAGAAGAGGACAAGCGUUAGCUGCAAUGAAUGAUUUUGAUGGGGCCAAACAAGACUAUUUGAAAGUGUUUGAAUUAGAGCCGAACAACACGGCCAUUGUGAAGCUACUACGUCAACUUGAAGACAAAGCCAGAGCUCAUAACAGUAAAUUCAGGGACGCUCUAAAGGAAAUGUUUAGUUGAUAGCUAUAUAGAGUGCCUGGUACAUGCCAUGAUUGUUGUGUAAACUUUUUGAGCUCAUUUCUUAAAUCAUCUUUGA